AUGGCGUCCGCCGCGAGCAAGCGCGCCCGCACCGGCGGUGUCGCCGAGGAGGACGAGGGGCCCGCGCCUGUCGCGGAUGGCUUCGAGGCGCCCAUCUUUGGCGCGCGCGUCGUCGGCCAGGUCACCACGCUGGCGCUCAAGGGCGAGGACGGCCCUCUAUCGCUCGGGACGGCUGGCGUCGCGAGCGACCCCCUUGGCGCCUGGUUCGUCUCGACGAAGGACUCACUGCUGCACGUCUCGGCGGCCGGGCGCGUGCGCCGCGUGGCAGCCUUGCCGGCAAGUGACGAAUACUACACCGUUGACGCCAGCCCGGACGGGAGCGCGGCGUUUGUGGCGGACUACAGCGGCAACAAGAUCCGGCGGGUGGAGGUGGCGACGGGCGAGGUGACGACGAUCGCGGGCAGCAGCGAGGAUGGCGACGCGGAUGGCGUGGGCGACGCGGCGCAGUUCUGCGGCCCAGCUGGCAUCGCUCUCAGCUCCGACGGGAGCGCGCUAUUUGUGGCGGACUAUGAGAACCACAUGAUCCGGCGGGUGGAGGUGGCGACUGGCGCGGUGACGACGCUCGCUGGAGGCGGCGACGAGGACGACACGGACGGCGUGGAUGAAGCGGCGGAGUUCGACUACCCAGCCGGCAUCGCCAUCAGCCCAGACAGCAGCGCGCUGUUUGUGGCGGAUUGCAGCAACCACAAGAUCCGGCGCGUGGAGGUGGCAACGGGCGCUGUGGCCACGCUCGCUGGCAGCGGCGAGAAUGGCGACGCGGAUGGCGUGGGCGACGCGGCGCAGUUCAACAACCCCUACGGCAUCGCCAUCAGCCCAGACGGCGGCGCGCUGUUUGUGGCAGACUUCCACAGCCACAAGAUCCGGCGGGUGGAGGUGGCGACUGGAGCAGUGACGACGAUCGCGGGCAGCGGCACCAGGGGCAGCACCGAUGGCGUGGGCGACGCGGCGCAGUUCGACUGCCCAGAAGAAGUCGCCUUCAGCCCCGACGGCAGCACGCUGUUGGUCAGUUCGUACGGUGGCCUCCGCCAGGUCUGCGUGGCCCUCGACGAGGACGACUCGCCACCUUCCAGCUCGCAGGAGGAGUCGUCACAGGUCGAGAUCACCGGCGUGCGCUCGCGCGAGGAGAAGGAUGCGGAGGGCCGCGCGAACGCGAUCGACGUCGACGGGCCGAGCGGCGAGGCGGGCGGCAGCGAGGCGGAGGCGCGGCCGGCGCAGCGGCCUCGCGUGGAGCGGAGCGUGCGCGAGCGGCUGGUGGAGCUCAAGAGCCUCCAUGAUGAGGGGCUCAUCUCGGAGGCCAACUUCGAGGCGCGGCAGCGCGUGAUCCUCGACGACAUGUGA